AUGUGGAUCCUUGACACCAAUGCCGAUUUCUUUCAGGGCCGGCGAAUGUGGCUCAGGCCAGGGCGGAGAUACUUGUUUGGUCGAGUCAAGAAAGAUGGCGUUAUGAUCGCUAUCGAUCACAAAACAGUCUCCAGACAACACUUCAAUAUCUCCGUUGACCCUGUCAAGGAUGCCGACGUCGGUCAGAUCCACACCCGAACGAAGAUACGGAUCGAAGACCACUCAAAGACGGGAACGUAUGUCAACGGCGAGUUGAUCAAGAAGAAAAGCCCAAAGAAUGAGCAGGAGCCAAACCCUGUGCGAGAACUGAAGGACGCCGAGAAUUCGAUUCGGCCAGGGAGCUGCCCCUAUGAGUUCACCGUCACAUGGCAACCCUGCGUCUUCACCUUCAAUCUACUCAAGAAAGAGAUCAAGUCGGGAGUUCUCAAGACAAAGCAGGAAAGGGUGAGGGAUCUGGACAUCAAGGCGAUUAGCGAUUUUUCGUCUGAGAACACCACCCACGUCGUGGCCAGCAAGAGAAAUACUGCCAAAGGUCUGUUGGCGCUGGUCAACGCCAAAUACCUCGUGACAGAAUCAUACCUCGACGCCCUAGACUACGUUGCGAGUCCCGCCACUCUGAGCCAGGAGGUAAAUCUCUCUCCGCUGGAAACCGACUUUGACAGUGCCUGGCCUCAUCCGAAGGACCACCUUCCUCCCCCGGGAAAGGAACCCACGAUCAGGCCUGCGGAAUCAUAUCAACCGGAUCCUACGCGAGUCAACGUAUUUGAACAUUACACCUUUGUCUUUGGCGAUCAAACUCAAUAUGACACUCUGUUACCCGUCAUAACAAGUGGGCAUGGGAAAGCUGUACUAUUCAAAGUGGUCAAUUUUGAAACAACUAGUGAGGAGUUGAUUCAAUUCUUGCACAAUGCCACCGGGAAUAAAGCUGGCGACACUACAGCUGGGUCGAAAGGCGGAGUCAUUCUGGUUCGAUGGACUGGAAAGGAAGACGUUCAAGAAUGGACGACUGCACUUGUCAACGAGACGGCUUUGAAGACGGACCAGCGGGCAAUCGAUCAAUCCGAGUUUUUAGACGCUAUUUUAGCAAAUGACGCCGGACUUCUCAAACAGCCUAUCCCGUUCGAAAGCACCAAUGAAGGCGGAAUUGCACCUCCACCGUCUGCAGUGAGUUCCCUUGUCACUGGCCAGGCCAGCGGGUCCUACACAAAUGGCAGCAGUGGAACAGAGAAUGAAAGUCGGCAAACCGCCCAUGCGACAAAAGCGAUAGGCAACGCAGCAGCGACGUCUCAACCUUCACAAACAUCAGAACAGGAUGUCUCACAAGUCAACGGCGCCAGAGGAGAGGAUACGAGACCUCUCCCCGUCCCGAAAGUCUCGCAGCUGACCAAGUUCAAGAACUUUGACGAUGGAUUCGACCCCGACGCUGUCGCUGCUUAUGAGGAAGACGAGGUUAUUGAGGAAGCCGCAUACAUCUCCGAACCAGAAAGUCAAGCCAGGUCACCCAUCGUCAUCAAAGAAGAGCCACAGUCAACAACGAGGAAGCGACCUCGAUCACCAACAGAGCAGCAACACGAUACAUUUGCAAAGGAAAUGGACGAUCUUCUCCCUGCAGCGACUGCGUUGAAGAGACGAAAGCUAGCGGAAGCAGCGGAGAACGGGCGCACUAUUGAGGAGGACAUUCAACCAGGUCCAUUACCCGUGAAAAAGAUCAAGGUGGAACGGGAAAUUGACGUCCGCGAAGCCGCCAGAAAACAACGGCAAGAGAAGGAAGAAGCCGCUCGGAGAGAGGAAGAAGAACUUGAAGCCGGCCUGCCUGGGAUUGAGGACAAGGCACCUGCCAAUUUGGUUGACGUAGUCACAAUUGAUCUUCCAGUACGUGAUAGUAGGUCGAAGGCGAACAACAGGGUCAACGAUCGGCACGGACCAGACUGGGAUCCCAAGUGGAAUGGUCGCAAGAACUUCAAGGGCUUCCGUCGCAACGGCGAACCAGCUCAACGAAGAUCUCACGCCAGCAAAGUCAUCGUGCCACUGGUCGAAGUCCCGAACAAAACGGGUGGCUUAGGUGAUCAAUAUUGGUCAAAGACAGAAGAAGAGCAGGAGCGCGAGAGGGAGAGGAAGCGUAGGGAGGACGCGAGAAUCCAACGGACGACGCAGAGCCAGACCCAACCGUCGAGCAGGACCAUCUCCGGCGAGGUCAACGGGAGAUCGAGAACGCGGAUUGUCUUGGACGAUGACGACGAAGACAUGGACGAUUUGAUCGGUCAGUCAGAGGAGGACGUGGAGAGCGCAUCGAUAGCUACGAUGACCACAGGGAUUUCUCGGCUGCAGAGGGAAUCAGAGGACACUGCCGAGCAUGAAAUCGACCCCGGCACGCCGCGACGCACGCGUGCUGCAGAUCGCACUCGACAGGCGAGCGAGAACGCGUCGGAAGCAGCGCGAGACGACGACACGCCGCCGAGAGCGACCCAAUCGCAGAAGGGGAAGAGACCGGCGACCUCCAAGGCGGAAACGAGCAACCCGAAACGUCAAAAGACGUUACCUGUCCCCGUCACGAAUGUGCGCGGGGACGACGGAAGCGAGGACGAGGACGACAGUGACGACAUGAAAUUCCGUUAG